AUGGACCCAGCAGUGGCUUGGUAUCAGGAGGAACAGGACGGUCCGUCGAAGCUGGUCUGGAUGCGUAUUUGGGAGACUAAUUCGGAUCUGUAUGGUCCACUGCACGCUAAUUACGGUCAGGGCAACAAUAAUGGACAGGAAACGUUGAAGGGUCCGGCGUCCCGUGGUGGCGGUACCGGCGAUCAAAAGCAACACGACCUGCUGCAGUUCAAUAAUUCCAACAGUGGGAACAACAACGGUAUCGGCAAUCAUCAACAACCGUCACCGGCAAUCGAAUCGACGGGGAAAAAUAGUAGCAACAGUAACAGCUCGAACACCACUGGCACGACAACUGUCAACAGUAGUAACGCUGGCAACGGUGGUAACGCACCACUUUCAAACAGUAGUAUACUAAACGGAAACAAUAACAACGGAGUAAAUGCGUCCGUGCCGGGGAAUGGUAACGGAGGAAACAAUAAUUCUAACAAUAACGUCAGCGGUGGCACGACGAACGGCGAGUUGACAACGGGCAGCGGUAACGGCUGUACCAACAACAACAAUAACAACAACAAGGGUGGUUGCGGAACUGGAACCGGUCUAGUCAGUAGCGAGAAGAAUUACAACCCGGUGCGCAAGAAACUGGGCAGCAUGAUGACGGACAAUAAGGCCAGCACCUUUAACAUGAACAAGCAACAACACCGGCUGAUCGGUGUCCACGGUGGAUGUCCCUGGCGUCCGCCAAAUUUUAAGUAUGGCCGAGGCAUUAUUGGAUUACACCAGGAGAUAGAGCAAUUCUACGCGCACAUGAUUGCAACACCUACCGAGCACGCCCUCCGAGUGAAAGUGGUUGGCCGGAUAGAACAGAUCGUGUUGAAUCUCUGGCCCUCGGCAAGGGUGGAAAUGUUCGGUUCAUUCCGAACAGGGCUUUACCUACCAACUAGCGAUAUCGACUUGGUUGUGAUCGGACAAUGGGCUAUGUUGCCGCUGCGCACGUUGGAGAUCGAACUGAUCAAUCAAGGCAUCGCGGAACCUAACUCAGUCCGGGUGCUCGACAAGGCAUCAGUACCGAUCGUGAAGCUGACCGAUCGACAGACACAGGUGAAAGUGGACAUUUCAUUUAACAUGGAAUCUGGCGUACAGUCGGCGAAGCUGAUCAAGGGCUUCAAGCGAGACUAUCCGGUGUUGGAGAAGCUGGUGCUAGUGCUGAAACAGUUUCUGCUUCAGCGCGAUCUGAACGAGGUGUUCACCGGUGGCAUUUCUUCCUACUCACUGAUACUGAUGUGCAUUAGCUUCCUGCAGCAGCAUCACCAAAAGCCAAACGCCUGCUCCAAUCUGGGCGUACUGUUGAUCGAGUUCUUCGAGCUUUACGGUCGCAAGUUUAACUACAUGAAGAUCGGCAUAAGUGUCAAAUCAGGACGGUACAUACCAAAAGAAGAGUUGCAGCGAGAAAUGAUAGAUGGCCAUCGACCGAGCUUGCUGUGCAUAGAGGAUCCACUUACCCCGGGCAAUGAUAUUGGCCGUUCUUCCUAUGGUGCGUUGCAUGUGAAGCAAGCGUUUGAGUAUGCUUACAUUGUGCUCGUCCAAGCCGUACUACCCUUGGAUAAGCAUCUGAACGACUGUAACCGGCAAAGCAUAUUGGGCCGAAUAAUACGUGUGACCGACGAAGUGAUCGAGUAUCGCAAGUGGAUAAAGGACACCUUCGAAGAUAAACUGACACGGCAAUCAAGCUUACAGCCACUAACAACUACGACGGUUGUUUUAAGCGACCAUUACCUACCGCUUCAACAGCAGCAGCAACAGGCGCGCCACUUAUCUCAGCAGCCAGUAAUUCAUCAUAUUCACCAGCAGUAUCCGCGACACGUCAUCCGAAGGCGACCGAGCUCGUCCAGUGUGGAGCUGUCGGAGGAGAGCAUGGAUAGCGAUGGGGGAGGCGCUAGUGGGGACUUUCACUGCAACACGUCGACGACCGCCCGUGAUAUCUCGCCGUCAUCGUCCGCAGCCGGCCUAACGACCCGUUCGCCACCGAUCGAGCUGCACCACGAUCUGAACGGUGGUCCGGCGCCGAUUAUGAUGCUAACGACGACGGCAACCCCCCACCUAGCAUCAACUACGGCCCAUCCGCACGAUUUACUAAUAGAGGAGAACAAUUUGCUAAACAUGACGCACCAUCAGCACCAUCCGCAGCAGCAAUUAUCGGCGGAUCCGAACAGUAUCGUCGAUACGCAGGUGAUCAGCUAUAACAACAUGAACAAUCGUCGCAUCGUACCGUCGCCAAAUCAGCAUCAACAGCAGCAGAUUGUCAGCAGCAACAAGAACCUGUACAGUCGCAACAGCUCGGAGCGUAUCUCAUCGAGUGGUGCGACCGUCAACAGUUUGGCAAAUGGCGGUGGUAAUAACAACACCAGUGUCCAUAACGCUGUGUACAAUAUGCAGCCCCAUCAGCAACAGCAGCAGCAUCAUCAGCAAAUAGGCCAAACGACGACGAACAACGCGUUGGUUCGUCAUAAUAGUAAAAAUCGACGAACAGCGGCCAGCAUGCUCAAAAUCCCCACCAACUCGUCCCCGGCAUACCCUUCCACCGAUCUUACCGGUCUCUCCAGUGUAAGCAAUUGCAGCAAUAGCAGUAGUAAUAGCAAUAAUCUACUCACCGGCAUGGUAGUAAAUGACGAAAACAAUCUUCACUACCGUUCGGGCAGCCCGAAGGCUAACACCACCGUUGUUGGUGGGUUGCCACUGCUACCGUCGAAUGCGCUCGCGGGCAGCAAUGUGGUGAUAGUGGCCAGUGGUGGAGGCAGUUCGGUUUUGUCGAGCACGGCCAAACUGUACUGUGGAAGCAGCGGAAGUAACAGCAGCAGCAGUGUGAGCAGUGGCAGCGGCGCCGGCACUAUCAAUAGCAAUGCCAAUUCCUCUAGCAAUAGCAACAAAAAGUCCUCCCACAGUGGUACAAAUUCCUCGAAGCGCAAAAAGACUGUAUCGCCGGGGGAAAAGAAGACGGGUCCGAUGGCGGUGACGACGGGACCAACGACUAUCAGCUACGGGCUGACGAUGGGUGGCGGGGUUGGUAGUAUGGCCGGAAGUAGUGUUGGUGGCGGUGGCGCGGCAACGGCCAGCAUGGAUAGCCGAUGAUAGCCAUCCGUGGUAGGAGGGUACCUUCAACGGUUCCGCUACUAUCACUACUAGACAUCAAUAUCGAAAGAGUUAGCUUUCAUCCCUCCACUAUGCAUGCACCUUCCAUUUUAUCGAGUGGAAAUUUUUGUGGGAUGGAAAAGAGACAUAACAUAGCAGAAGGUUAUAUGGGAUGGGGGGAUGGUUAUGCUGUUGCGCUAGGCACAGCAGCAUGACGACACCGAAUGUGAUGCGUGGGAAUAGUGGGUAGUAUAAAGGUUUAUAAGAAAAGUGGAACUAUCGUGUAGGACGACGUACUGGAAGCACGUACGUUUGUAAUUUAGGCAUGAGAUUAGGAAGCGCAACUCUUUACAUUCACUCACUAGCCAAGCUACAUUACCCUAUGUUUAAUCUUACACUAUUACCGACGUUACUAUUGUUGCUGCCAUUACGACUGUACAUAUUUCCGACAGUUUCUAUGUGUUGUUGUUCCGUGCUGCUGUGGAUUUCUUUUGUGUUUUUUCUCUCCUCCACAAUGCACCUAAUGCAUAUGACUGGCAAUGCUUGCGGUAUGUUCCGUAACACAUCCAUUGAUGUACCAAUGGCAGGAUGCAAUUUUACGCCACCAUAAUUUAACAUGUACGAUCUUUCAUUCGAUGGCUUUAUUUUGGCUGUAUUGAAUGCUCCUUUUUUGUUUUUUUUUUAAUUCAUCAACAUGGUCGUUUACUUGUAAAAAAAAUCAACUUUUGUGUGCAUUUGUGUGGUAUGUUACGUUUGAAGAGUUUUGUUUUGUUUUGUUUCAAACGUAUUUUUUUAUUUUCCUUUUUGCUACAUUUGAGCAUCUGUUUAGCGCAGAGAUGUCCAGGUUCGACAUGGCGGCGGUACGCGAAUAUACGACUGUUGCGCAGUGUACUUGGAAAAUACAUACGGAACACAAUUAAACUAAACUAGAUAAUAAGUAGAACGAAAUGCUAAAACUCUGCAGUUGAGAGUGAGUUCAGAUGUGUAAAAACGAUCGAUUGUUGUUAAAACUGAGGAAAGGGUGAAAGUGUUGAGGUCGGAUCUUAGACGAUAAGCCCUAGGCUAUAAUGGUCAGCCCUGAAGUUUCGUUUUUGUGUGUAUGUGUGUGCUACCUUUUUCUAUCUGUGUCUGACUUUGUUCAUUAUUGUUGUGAGUGUAAAGUGCGAGGAGAGAAAAAACUAAUUCACUCGCAACCGGCAAUCGAAUGCUGCGAAGAGGAGGAGGAGGAGUAAACGAUAAGCUGAUAAAUUAUUUGCACCAAUAGUCCCGCGCGAAACGGCUAUGAAGAGGAACAGUGUAUGUAAAGUUUUCUUUUUUAUGAGUGAUGUAUGUAAAUAUGAUAUUUUCCAAAUGGCCCCGUAUCCCGGAAUAGGCGCUUGUUCCAUAAGCGGUGAUCAUCAAACUCAUCAAACCUGCUAUCAAAAACUUUACUGCUGCUAUUACUCUACUACUAUUACUACUACUACUACUACUACUACUACUACAUACGUAUAACGGCUUGCUAUUCUGCUUUAAUCGCUAGGACAGCAACUAUAGGUGAACCCAGUGCUAAUAAACCCCUGCCGAAUGUACGUUAGCUAGCCUAUCGUUUUAGCGAUCGUCUACAGAGUUGUGUUACCUUGGGUGUUGACAUCAAGCUGGAAUUUCAUUUCUCACCACCUGCCUUAGUAAUGGCUUACACAUCUAAUUGGUCUGUUCGGUGCGGUGUGUGGUAUGUUAGUAAAUCCGUUUAUCCGAUUGAUGGAACCUUACUUUACUGAACAUUGUCAUCAUUAUCUUCGCUUUCGCAAGAGCCUGUAUAUGUACAUACGAAAAAAUGGAUACAACGGAUAUUGUUUUCCCUUAAUCGUUGUUUGAGAGAUUGUUCAUCUUUAAUUGUCAUCUCAAAUUGUGUGCGCUUCCCCGUCCGACACGGUGCGUUCUGUGUGUUAUGUAAUGCAGAUAAAGUACGAAACAAAUAGAUAAAAACCCAUGUACACAAACUCCCUCGCUAGAUCUAACAGGACAGGACAUUCAAUUGAAUACGAAUUCAGUCAGAACCAUUCACAAUACGAAGCAAUAGAUACGAAAAUGUACACUCCAUCUGCCUAAAUAUAGUGCGUUUUAGUCUUUAGGGAAGCAGGUGUAACGCAUAGAAUCAAUAUUAACGUUCCGAUAUCAUAAAUUUGAAACCAAUACGUAAACACAAACACACACUCUCUCUCUCUCUAGUGGGUACGAUACACAAUUGCACCGAUCGCGUGUGCACGAUCAACUGCCAUUAUCGUUGUGUGGAAUUUUAUCAAAAAGAAGGCGGCCUAUCAUCCUGGCACUGCAUUUAUGAUGCUUAUAGCAAUGGCUCAGAGGAAUUCAAUCAUGGGAAAGCGUUCAUUGGAGGAAGGACACGAAAGGGAACCUGAAGCAAAAAAAAAAUCAAAAUCCUAAUCAAAAAUCUUAAGGUCCCUUUUAUCCUCCGCGGCACACGAACUGUGCCUAGUUUGUCCUUUCAAUAAGUCGAUUUUUUUUUUCAAAAUUACGAACACACUCACAUCAAGUAGUAGUCAACUGUUACGGUUUAGUGUAGUAAUCAAACAUUGCCGAAGUGGGGAAUCCUAAUGUCUCGGCAACAUGUUACACAGUGAUGCUACGGAAUAUGUAACGAGUUUUGAAUAGAAAAGUAGUAUUUAAGCGUAUAAAAUCUAUCCCUCUGUAAACCCCACUGACACACGAUUUCCUUUUCUUAGCAGCUAAGUGUAAGGCUAAGCUCACCUAUGUUGCCAAACGAUCCCAAAACAAGAAAAAGAUCCCAUUAUGUUGUGAGGUUUUUUUUUAAAUGAAUCGAUUCAAACUGCGUUUUGUAGCUGGUAGCGUGUGGACAACACUUUACCCCAAGAAAUGCAUCAUCGAACGCGCAAGACUUCCAGCCCUUAUGGAUAAUACCACAAAAAAAAGAACUUUUGCAAAUCGAUAACCCACUAGUAGAGCAAACACCUGCCCAAACACAUACUUUAAGACAGAAAGAGCUAAUCAGCAGCGGCGACAGUAACGAAAAAUAGGGGAGAAAAAAAAUGAAACAAACAACAGAAACCAGUCAUUUUGAGUACAAAGAUGCACCUGUAUAAUUUAUAUGUAUAAAGUAAAUACUUAGCGUGUAAGCUGUGUACAUACAACCAGAACCGAAAGUGACGUAAAUAAAUAAAAAAAACGACGACGAUUUAACAAAAAAAACCCGUUAUGGCACCAAAUGCCAAAUGGAAAAG